GAUGCUUGCUUCCUUCCCUUUUUCUUCUCUUCCCUUCCCUUCCCUUCCUCGCCGCCGUUCCUCCAUUUCGUCCGCGAACCUGCAACUGCAAUUCCUCUCCAUAGAUCGAUCGGCCUUCUACCUCUGCCACGCACUCCCACUCAAUGGAUCCUUCCUGGGUAGUGCUUGACCGCUCCGUGAGCCUCAUCGCCAGGACCGGCGAGAAAACAACUCGCGGCGCGGGCACCAGCGAGUUCGACACCGAAACAUGGGAUGUGAUCGAGGACGAAGAAGCCGGCGUCGUCUUGGACAACGCAAUCGAAGAGAAAAAACCGAUGGGCGUGGUAGAUUGGGUGCAGGAUGGCUUGGUCCGUUUCGUCCCUGAACUCACCAAAGCCCCCAAGAUCUCCACCAUAUCGCUUCUUCUGCCGGCCACACCCCGCGAGAUCAGGGCUCAGCUGGAGAGCGUCACUGUAGCAUGUGCCGACAAGAACCUCCUUGUCCUCUUCACCGCCCCCGAUUCCCCCUAUCACGCUUCCUCUGGGCGCUACCUGGUCUACGAUGCUGAAGCUGACACCUUCAUCGCCCCCCCUCGGAUCGACCUGGAACAGUUCAGAGAGGUAUUUGGGUACGUUCCAGCCAUCGUACACCUGGGCCAAGGCGGCAAUUUCACCCUGGCCGUGGUGGUACAGUCCCAUCUUUCCAGUCAGUAUUCUGUGUUGUUGUGGUCGCCCUCCACUGAUCAAGAGCGGUGGGUACAGAGGAAUGUGAACUUCCCCUCCGAGGUGCUCCAUUACUCCAAGAUAGAUUUGUCUUUCGCAUUCGAGGAAUCUUGGGCAUGCUGGGUCGACCUCUACUUCGGAAUAGUGGCAUUCAGUGUGGUCUCAGAUCAGCUAAAGUUCUUGCCUCUACCAGAGCCUUACGUGAGGGAAUGGCCGCCAAUGCCACGGAUGUCGCCGACAGUGCACAGCACCAUGGGUUGUGUUGAUGGAGUUAUCAAGUUCCUCUCCAUGGACGGCUAUGAUGACGAUGACUGCCCAAAAGACAGGAUCAACAUUACCUCUUGGACCCUGCAGGAAAAGUGGAGCAAUGACGGCGAUCUUCUUAUGGCAAAUCUUUGGGCUGACAGUACAUUCGUUGCAAUUCCGGACUUACAACAGCAGGUGCCCAUGUGCCCUGUCCUCAGCCUGAAGGAACCUAACAUGGUUUCCUUCUUCUUCAGUGACAUUGGCUAUGUGGAUGGCCAUGUCGCGACCAAAGGCGAGUAUGUGCUCAGUCUGAAUAUGAAGAGUAAGAAGAUCCAGUCAUGGAGCAUAUGCCCACCAGGGAGAAGCCUAGAGUUCAUUCCACGUGUCAUCGCAACUGACUUCUGUGCUUACAAACAUUGGUCCUGCAUGGAUUAUCAGGGAAAUGUAACAAGCAGCAAGCGCGAAGGAGCAUGCCACAGCAGUUCAAGAGCACCUCGCAAGCAGAAGAAGUAGCUGCCCCACGAUGCCCUUCAGCUUAUAUGCCUUGGUCAUGCCCACAUGUGUUGUGUGUUUCUUCCCCUGACAAACAUGUUCAUUGUCGCCUGUCUUUCCUUAAUACCAGUUUUCUUGGAUGUGUUAAUCCGUGAUGUGAAAAAGGAAGGCAUGCCGUUAUGGUCCCACACGAUACCAUGUCCUUUGGACGACGUUAUCUUUUGCAAAGAAUCCUUCCAUGUUGAUGGCUUGAGUAUCUUUCUAUAAAUUUUUAACGCAAUAUGUAAAUUCACUUUUGAUUA